UGGGGUGGUUUGGCAUAUAGCCACCUCUUGUAUGAAAUGGGGCGGGCCUCCCGGACUGCACUGGGGAGUAACCCGAGCAUGGCUGCUCUGUGGAGCGUGCUGGAGAUUUGGAUCUAUGAGCACUUUCCGACUUUGGCGCCGGAGCGUACUAGAGAUGCGGCUUACCCGUAUGCUGCCUCUUGGAUAGGAGCGGUGCGCGUUGGUGCGUCCCUGGUGGCUUCUCGCAGAGCUUGGAGAGUUUUACCUGCUGAUAGGGUGGUAUGGCGUCCUUUUGCCAACGCGGUUGUACCUGCCUCAGCUGCUCGUGCCCAUUUCCUGUCUUGGCGGCGGGUUUUGCUUCCAGGGGUGUACCUCCAUAUGUGGUAUCUGGGGGAGCGGGUGUUGCUCCUGAGUUCUUUAGUCCGAACGGCAUAA